UAUAACUGUAUCCUAUGGGCACCUCCUGCCUGGCAUUCUGUAAGGUAGAUGGGCACCCCUACACUGGCAUUCUAUAACUGUAUCCUAUGGGCACCUCCUGCCUGGCAUUCUGUAAGGUAGAUGGGCACCCCUACACUGGCAUUCUAUAACUGUAUACUAUGGGCACCUCCUGCCUGGCACUGGGGCACUUAUACAGGCACCCCCUGACUGGCUGGCAUUCUGUAAGGAUAUGUCGCUGAUUUGGCUUCAGGUGGGCCAGUGUGGUAACCAGAUUGGGCAGGAAUGGUGGCACCUUCUGUGUAACAAUGCAUCGGACACUGACAGGUAUCCAUAUUUCUCUCGGGAUGGGAUGAUAAAUGCCAUCUGUGUUGACAGUGAGCCCAAGGUCAUUAGAAAACUAUGGAAACGAGUGAAAAAAGGGAGCUUGAGAGACUCUAACCUGAUUGUGGGGAGAAAAGGAAGAGGAAACAACUGGGCAUUUGGUUACAGCGGGGAUGGUACAGACACAGAGAAGAGUCUCCUAGCAAGAACGAUGGAGAGUUUCCGGCACGAGCUGGAGCGCCGAGACUGUUACAGUGGCACGGUCCUGCUGCACAGCCUGUGUGGGGGAACCGGAUCUGGUCUGGGAGCCCGACUGUGUGAAGAAAUUAGAGACACGUAUCCAGCAGGUCACAUAUUGUCAGUGGCUGUGGCCCCCCAUGAGACUGGUGAUACCCCACUUCAGCAUUACAACUCCCUGCUCUGCUUGUCUUGGUUACAAAGAUAUUCUGAUGGGAUCCUCCUCUUCCAGAAUGAUGAUAUCAUGCACAGAGUAGCAGCUCUUGGGGAGAAAAAGGUGCCCCUUGUGUCUGGUGUGGAGGCUCCGGUGUCAAUUGCUGCUAUGAACAGUCACAUUGCUUCCUGCCUGGCUGGACUCCUGUACCCCACAAACACACUCAGAACCAGAAGUGCAGUGAGUGUUGGCAUUGAACCCUGGGAGAUCAUCAGGACGCUGUGCCCAAUGACCACCUUGAAAUUCCUUCACACAGCCCAGAUUUGCAGGAGGGGAACUCCAUUUUGGGACAGAGUGACCCUGUCUCUAACAAAGAAUAUUCCUCGCACCUCUCCAGAUGGCCGUUUGCACCACAGCACAUCGCUCCUUGCUGUGUCUCGUGCCUCCCAGGACAAACCAUUCCUCCUCUCUCAGGAUUCGGUACUUAUGAAGCUCAAACAGUCCUACCGGUGUGUUCCCUGGAACCCAUUCCCCAUUGACUACUGGACAGGGUCACAAAACAUUUUGGACCCUUCCCAGCAGAGCCACUCACUGACCGUGUGUGCCAACCAUUCCAGCGCUGCAGACCUGAUGAGCAGGGUGAUCCAAAGAGCUCAGAGCAUGUAUGAAGCACGUGCCUAUCUGCACUGGUACCAGCGGUACGGCUGCGAGGAGGAGGAUUUCCAAGGAGCCUUUCACACAUUACAUUCCGUAGUGGAGGAAUACAACAAACUGGGGGAGUCGUGACCAGUGCCCAAAGUGUACGUAGCCCCCUACACUGCUACUGAGCUCCUCCAUGUUCUUGUAAUGAAAAGCUAAACUGAGUUUCGUUUGUUUGGUUUAGAGAGAAAAUAUACCAUAUUUAUGUAUCCCAUAUAUAUUUCCUAUUUGUUUUGUUUUCAUUGUGUGUAGAUUUUUACUUUAAUCGUUUUUAUACUGUCGGAUGUAAUUUAAAUAAACAAAGGUUUUAUUUCUGUA